UAGGAAUGGCGUUCAUGUAUUUUCAUUAUUGGGCUUGUGUCAGAUUUAGUAUUGAUUUAUUAAUAAAAUGGCUUUUAGAUCUAGGGAGGAGCCUGUCUAGGGGGGUGGUGAAUAUCUAAGCAAAGGGUUAGUAUUGUAUGGAGGGAGGGGGGUUUGAUCCUCUAAAAGAUACAGGUUUUUGACCCCGGGGGGAAUAGUGGAGUACUAUGUCCUGUAACCAUUAAUUUAAUUGCACAUGUUGGUUGUGCUAGUCAAAUAACAAAUACAUCCAGGCCCAGCUACAAUUUAUCUGACUGCGACGAGACCCUUUAGGGUCAUAGGGGAGUCCGUGCAAGCCCCCCAAAAAAAAUAAAAAAAUACCAAAUGUAUGAAACCUCAGUUAUGUUAUGAUCAUGGGCUGAUUAGUAAUUAACCCAUCGAGAUGUCUUAUUUAAGGGGAACGAGUGGGCGAUUUUAAGUUAAUAUGGUCCUGAAGUAAGAACCAGAUGUCUUAUAAAGAUCAUUAAAUAGCUACCCCCACGAGUAAUGGGCCCGGUGCGAGAAGAGGGAUCCCUGCCAAGCGGGUUGCUGGUUUCACGCGGCAUGGUGAUUAAGCUCGUGAUCUAAUGGAGCGGCCAUAGGAAUCAUUUGAUUUAAAUUGACCUGAGGAUGCAUAAGAACAUGUACUACUGUACUAUUAAUAAAUAUUAUGUAAUAUGUAAAAUUAAUAAAAUUUAAUACGGGCUUUAACUGCUCGUGGUGAAGAUAAUUGAAUGCACAAUUAUACAUAGCAUGUGUAUGUAUACAUAUUCACAGGGAUAACACUGAUUAACUGGUUAUGGGGGAGUACAUACAUGCACGAAGUACAUAACAAUAUGUAAUGAGAUAAUUAUUUUUUAAUACGGACAUAGUACUGUGGCUUUGCGGUUAUUGUACAAUAUACAUGUUUCAGGGAAUAGUUUAUAUAGAAUUUCAGCUUUGGGUGCUGAUGGUGGAGUGUGAUGCUUCUUCCUUGAGUCUUAGGGAGGUGUGGUUUGUCUCCUUCUUCGGUUUACAAAACCGAGGUAUUUAAUUAUACUACAAAGACUCUUCAUUUUAUAAGUUUAUUUUCGAUAAGACUAGUUACUGGUAUUAACACUAGAAUUAAGAGGAAGUAAAGGAUGGAUGCGAGUUGGCCUACAAUUACAUAGGGGUGUUCUACGGGUUGGCCGCCGAUCCACGUUAGGGUGAGUAGGUCUGCGACCAGUACUCAAAACAGGAAUUGGCUAAAGGGUCGGAAUAUUAUGCUUCGUUGUUUGGAUGUGUGGAGUAUUGGGAUUAGAGCUAGGACUAGGAUUGAGAGUAGUAGGGCUAAGACUCCGCCUAAUUUGUUGGGGAUUGAUCGUAGGAUUGCAUAUGCAAAUAGGAAAUAUCACUCUGGUUUAAUGUGUGCUGGGGUACUGAGUGGGUUUGCUGGGGUGUAGUUGUCUGGGUCUCCGAGUAAGUCGGGUGCAAAUAGAGUUAAUAUUAGUAGGGUUAGGAUUAGUAGUAGGGCGCCUAGAAUGUCUUUAAUUGUGUAGUAGGGGUGGAAUGGAAUUUUAUCUAUGUCAGAUGGGAUACCUGUGGGGUUGUUGGAUCCUGUUUCGUGAAGGAAGAUGAGGUGGACGAUUGCUAAUGCUAUAAUGAUGAAGGGGAGAAUGAAGUGGAAGGCAAAGAAGCGUGUUAGUGUUGCUUUAUCCACAGAAAAACCGCCUCAGAUUCAUUCGACUAGGGUAGUACCAAUGUAUGGGAUUGCUGAUAGGAGGUUGGUGAUGACGGUUGCGCCUCAGAAUGAUAUUUGUCCUCAGGGCAGGACGUAGCCUACGAAUGCAGUGGCUAUGACCGUGAAUAGUAGAAUAACUCCAAUAUUUCAUGUUUCUCGAAAAGCGUGGGAGCCGUAGUAUAGACCUCGUCCCAUGUGGGCGUAGAGGCAGAUGAAGAAUAUGGAGGCUCCGUUUGCAUGUAAGUACCGAAUAACUCAGCCAUAGUUUACGUCUCGGCAAAUAUGUGUGACUGAUGAGAAGGCGGUUAUUGUGUCUGGUGUAUAGUGUAUUGCUAGGAAUAGGCCUGUUAGGAUUUGUACAAUUAAGCAGAGGCCGAGUAGGGAGCCGAAGUUUCAUCAUGAGGAGAUGUUUGAUGGGGUAGGGAGAUCAAUGAAUGCAUCGUUGAUGAUUUUUAUUAGUGGGUGUGUUUUUCGGAUGUUGGUCAUUGGUGUUCUUGUAGUUGAAUAACAACGAUGAUUUUUCAUGUCAUUGGUCAUGGUUGAAGUCCAUGUGAGAAUAAUGGUAACAUACAUUGUUUUUGUUUUAAGUAUUAUUUUUGUAAUUAGUUUUGUGGGGGUUUCUUCAAAGCCUUCACCUAUUUAUGGAGGAUUAGGAUUGAUUGUGGGUGGUGGUGCUGGAUGUGGAGUUGUUUUAAGUUUUGGUGGUUCGUUUUUGGGGUUGAUAGUAUUUUUGAUUUAUUUGGGGGGAAUGUUAGUUGUGUUUGGUUAUACGACGGCUAUGGCGACUGAACAGUAUCCUGAGGUUUGGGUUUCUAAUAAAGUUGUAUUAGGAGCAUUUAUUUUAGGACUAGUGGUAGAAUCUUUAAUUGUGAUUUAUGCUUUGAAGAGUGGAGAGGUGAAGAUUGUGUUUGAGUUUGAUGGGUUAGGGGAUUGGGUUAUUUAUGAUACUGGGGGUUCUGGGGUUUUUAGUGAAGAAGUUACAGGGAUUGCAGCGCUAUAUAGUUAUGGUGUUUGGUUAGUGAUUGUUACAGGUUGGUCUUUGUUUGUUAGUGUUGUAAUUAUUAUGGAGAUUACUCGGGGCAAUUAAAUAAGAUUAUGCUGAGAGUGAUGGUGAUGAGGAAAGAUAAGAAGUAGAGUUUGAUGAGGCCUUGUUGGUUGGAGGUUAGUGUAGAGGCUUUCAAUUGGAUAAGGGCUGUAGUUUUUGGUAAAGUAGUUUCUAGUCAGGUUAGGUCUAGUAGGGAGGUUGCUAGUUUUUGGCUUAUUGAUAGGUCAAGGUGAGGAGGUAGACGAUGUAUGAUUGUGGGGAAGUAUCCUAGCAGGGUGGAGAAUUUAAAGGGGUUUGAUGGGUGUGUAUAUUUUAGAUUUUGUGUGUCAAGGUUAAUUUCGAAUGCGAUAAUGAAGCCUAGAGUUGUUAUUGUGAGGGCGGUUAGUUUUAGAUGUAGGGGUAUGGUUAUUAAGGGUGUGGUUACUGGGGGGAUGCUGUUGGAUAAGAUGAAGCCAGCGAAGAUGCUUCCGAUGAGUAAUCGUUUGAUAGGGUUAAUUAAUAGUGGGUUAUUUUCAUUGAUGGUUGUGGAGGGAGGGAAGCGAGGUUGUCCUAGUAGUGCGAAGAAGAUAAUGCGAGUGCUAUAGACGGCUGUAAGGGAGGUGGCGGUUAAGGUUAGUAACAGGGCUCAGGCGUUGGUAUAAGACGAAGUGGCGGCUUCAAUAAUGGGAUCUUUGGAGUAGAAUCCGGUGAGGAAUGGUAUUCCUGUUAAUGCAAGGCAUCCAAU